AUGUCGCGUGUUCUAGCGAUGAUGUGUCCUCGCUCGUGUACCGGACAUGGAUUAUGUAUCGCUUCUGACGAGGGAAAAUGGAAAAUGGAAAUGAGAACAACCAUCGGAGCCAAACUUUGCAGACUUCUUGGGCUUGGGUUAAAGUGUUUUGGGUCGAAGUUUCUUGUUGCCGAAAAGACCCGAUUUUUGCAAAAGCUUCGGUCGUUUCAGUCUGAACCCAGUAUAUCUCGGGACAAGAUAAUCCGAUCGGUCUGAAACUUGUUCUUAAAAUACUUCAUUUCGACCAAGUCGUCGACGUCAAACUAAAUUUUGCAGAAGACGUUGCGAAGUCCGUUACCGUGGCUACCUGUUCGCGACGGAGAACGGCCUGCGGAACUCUCCGAAUCCGCUGGUCGGCAUCUCGGGCGACUGCGACGACGCGCGCGCCGUUUACUCACUCGACGGGACCGUGCUCUACGUGCAUCGCCUCCUCCGCGCCAUUUACUCGACGAUUCCGGCCGACAACCCGAUGGCGGACGACAAUUUGCCGGCGGAUUGGCUGCUGGCCGCCUGGCGCGGACUCUACGAUCGCAAGAUUCUCGAGAUUCUGUCCGUCGAAGCGGUGAGUCGCUGAUUUUAGGAAAUUCAGACGGUUAUCUAAAUAGUUAUUUUUAAAGUUGAAAACAAUCAGUUUUCAGUUUAUAUUCUCGUUAAACUUCAAGCACAUUUUCAGCGAACUCGAAUCGCUAAUUAUUUCUACACGAAUGGGAUGAUCGAAGCGUUUCUCGAUCUGCUAAAACAGGUUAUUAUCGAUUAUGAGUUUCAACCGAAACCUGUCGAGCUAUUAUCGAUAUCUAUUUGCAGCCACGUCGAAAGAUUUCAUGUCGGUCCGCUUCGUUUUGUACUGUUUUCCGCGUUCGGCGCAACAAAUCGUCGCCGAGCACCGACCCGGAAUCAUCCUCUGGGAGAAAUUUCCGCCGGACGUCAAUCAUGUCAAAAUGUAGGGAAUAGGACCCAAACUUUGCAGGCUUGUUGGACUUGAAUUCAAGUAAUUUGGGUCCAAGUUUCUGACCGAAUGGAUAAUUUUACUCUGGAGAUAUUAUGCAUUCGCCCGGAGAGAAAUUUUUCACUCCAGCUUGCGGGCUUGAAUAGUUUGUCGCGAAUGCAUAAUAUCUCCUGAGUAAAUAAUCCAAUCGGUCUGAAACUUGGGCCCAAAUUACUUUAACUCAAUUCCAAAAAGCCUGCAAAGUUUGAUUCCGAUCGGAAUAUUACAAAAGGUAAUUUCUUGCAGGAUAACGGACAUGUGGCCGAAGAACGAGUUCGAUCGGGCGACGCGAGUGCCCCGCAAGAUGUACGUCGACAAUCGGCGCGUCGAAAAGAGCGUCUUCCACAUGAUCGGACUCAGAAAUCUCAAAAACUACUACACGUCGGUUCAAGAGCGACUAAGUCCCAUGUUCAAACAGUUUUACGCGGUACGCAUUUGGAUUUUUAGAAAUAUUUUCGAAUUAAAACAAUUUUUUUAAGCCUCUGUGAUAUUUUCGAUAGAAAUUUUUACCAACCCGUUCGAAUCCCUCAGUGCAUUCAGAAAGACUUCCCCGUGGCGGACCGACCGUAUCGCCCGAACACGCCACCGGACUCGAGGUUUGCCGACCAGGAGCUGGAGGCGUCCCCCUCGGCGCCGGGACCGUCGAAUGCCGGUAGUCGGUAG